AUGGGUAUGAAACUUGAAAACAUUCCUAAACAUUUAGAAUUGGAUCUAAAUACAUCCCCACUUACUGACAGUACAAGCUUACUGUUCUUUGACAUGAACGCAACCCUGGGAUUCCUGACUAAUACUCCGAACUUAAAUUCCUUGGCAUCCGGCCCUACUUCACAACUUAAUGAAUUCGAUCCAGAAUUUGUAGGGAAUUAUUUUCCAACUCCAAUACCAGCAUCUCAACCUCAAUUUACUCAUCUCCGAGCCAAUCUGCAGCAAGAAUUGCAAGAACAAAUGAUUUUACUCAAUUCGACAUCAUCUCCAGUAACUUUUCAGAAUGCCGCAGGGUUCCGAAGCAAUCCAACUUUACCAGCAUCACAAUUUUCACCAAUCACACCAAUCCCUGGUACUUCAAAUUUUGGUUUUUCAAAUCAUCCUAUGGAUGUGCCUGUUGGCUCAACAAAUAACACUCAAACGUUUAUGGAUUAUACCCCGUCAGCUUCAAUGACACAAGUUAUCUCACAUGCUUCAAGUGAGGCCGCACCAUUAGUGGGAUUGGGUUUCAGAAUUGACUCUGAUUCCACUUAUGAACAAGUUCAACAAGAAUAUUUACAACAAAUGAGAGAGCAAGAGUACCAUAAGUUGGUUAUUGAAAAACAGAAGCAAUUUCAAGCCAUACAAGAACGAUUUGUAGCACAACAGCAACAGCAACAACAACAACAGCAGCAGCAGCAGCAGCAACAACAGCAAAUGCAACGAGUCAAUAACAUCAAUCAGCACCACCAACAACUUCAGCAAGAAGCCAUACCAGAGAAUACGAGUCUAGCCCAGCAAGCGCAGACUAUUCUACAAUUGGGACAAUCCAUGGAUGAAAGCAAUAUCAAACAAGAAAGUGUAGACUUGAUCGUUGAUUCUCCUGCUACCAUUGAUGCCUCCAGCAGCCCUGAAUCGUCGAUGUCAAAAGAUGACUUAAUUCACAUGUCAACUACUAUUGCAAACAAUGAUAGCUGCGUAGAAGAUCUCUUGAACGUGGACCUUUUGAAUGAUUUGAAUACCCCAUCGGCGUUUUCGCACCAAGGUAUAUUAUCAGAAUUUGUUGACUUGGGCUGUGAGUCCUCAGGAAGUGAUGCUGAUCUAUUGAAAACAUCUCAAGAAAUUAACGAUGGUGCUCCAAGUUCAAGGGUCCAGAGACUAGGAAGUAUAUCAGAAGUGGGCUUGAUGACUCCAGCGACUACAACUAGUGCUGCUGAGACUCCUCGAUCUAAUUCUAAAAUACUUAAAAAGAAGCUAGGAAACAAGACAAAAAAGAGUUUAAAGAAAUCAUCAUCUUUUUGUGGGAAUACUGGAAGUCCUACGUUUAUUAUAAACUCGUUGCAAUGGAAUAAAUCUCAAGGUGAUUUCCAUCUGAAACAAGAAUCCAAAUUAAAGAAACGAUCAUUCAGUGAAAGUUCUCAAAUGAUACCCGUUGUUUCUUUAACUAACUAUUCAUUCGUGUAUGAAAAUCCCGAUAAUAUGGACGAAUUAUCACCAGACUCUGGUUUAACGGGAAAAUCAUCCACGUCACUGAAUGUGAAUAUUUCUACACUUCAAAGAAAUACUGUAAAGAGUUUGAAGGCUGGGUUAAUUGAAUUUAAGGUCGACUUGAAGAAGAAGUCGAGGAAGUAA